AUGCCCGGCGUUCAGAGGGACGCGGGCGCGUGGGACAAAUCCGACGCGGGAACCGACAGCGAUACUGACAGCAGCGACGGCCGCGUCGUACGCGUGAACAUGGGCGACGCCAGCGACGACGAGGCAACGCCGGACGAGUACCGCUGGCUCGGCGACGAGCACGAGGACCUCGGCCGGGUUGAUUCCGUGCCGGCUCGGCUCGACGGGAUCGGCUGGACCGACGACGCCUUCCGCGCGGCGGCACUGCAUGGCGAAGGCGACAGCAAGUUCCACGAGGUGCUGGGCCGCGCGGCGGAGGCCUCGCGGAGCUUGGACCCCUACGACCCGACGUGCCGGAGCUUCUACGUCCGCGUCGACGGCGUCGGUUUCACGAACUGGUCGAAGACGCACGGAAUAGCGAAGCCGUACGACGGCGCCGUCCACGGCGCCUUCGUGAGCGCGGCGGCCGCGACGAUGCGCCACUUCAGACAAAAGGGCCUGGGCGUCGUCGCCGCGUACACGCAGAGCGACGAGGUCACGUUCCUGUGCGCGGGCCCGGCGGUGCUCGCGGGCGGCGCGUCGGACCCCAGUAGGCGGCUCCUCACGCUCUUCACGAGCGUCUUCUCGAAGCGCUUCGAGCAGGCGCUGCGCGCGACGAAGCCCGAGGCCGCCGCCGAGGCCUUCUUCGAGGCGCGCGUCGUUGCCGCGGCGACGCGGUCCGCCGGCAUCCUGGCGCUGAUCUGGCGCCGCCUCGACGCCACGCGCAACGCCUCGUCGCAGGCGCUGCGGCACCUGCACGGCGUCCGUGUCCAGCAGGAGCUCCCGCCCGUCGACGAGGCGCUGCUCGCCGACCUCACGGCCGGGGGCGUCCCCGAGAUGCGCGCGCGGAGGGCCCUGAUGGCGGGGAGCGCGACCGCGGACGCCGCUCGAGCCUGGCUCCGGAGCCACGCGGAGGGCAUUGAUGACCCGAUCGAGAUGAUCGGCCGCCCCCACGCGCGGCAGCGGCUCUUGUUAGCGGAAUGUGGCACGCCGUGGGACACGCUGCCGCCGGCGCUUCGGUACGGGACUUUACUCUUCGCCGGCGACGACCGCGGCCGCCACGUUCGGUUACGUGUGCCGCGCACGCGCGACGAGGCCGAGGCGCUUGAGCGCGCCAUCUUCGACGAGCAGUCCUGGGACACUCUUGGCGACGCGCAUCCGGAGGCGCCGGCCGCGGCCGCGGCGGGCCCGGCACGCGGCAGGCCCGUGCCAGCGGCGCGCCCGGCCCCAGCCGCGCCGGUUAUUGGACCGGCGCCCCCCGCUGGCUUUGUCCGCGUCGACCGGGGCUGUCCGGCCCUCGACCGAGAAGGCCGCGACGACCGGUGGUGCGACGCGGUGGAAACAAACCCGAGCCAGAACGCGUGGGGCCGCCUCGCCGAGCGCGUCGCCAACGAGUUCGCCGGCGUGCUGCUCUGGGCGAAACCGGUCCAGCCGGCAAGAUCCGGCGAUCCGUCGGCGGGUUGGCGCGUGGCGGUCCUGCGCCUCGAGCGCGUCGAGCCUGCCGGACCCACGCUCACGUUCGCCGUCGAGGGCGCGGGGUUCAUCAGUCAACAGAAGGCGGCGAAACACGCGGCGGCGGCAUCAGUGGCGCCCCUCCUCGACGCGGCGCUCGCCGCGGACCGGGCGAACGACGUGACGACCGCGCGGCAACGCGCGCGGCCGCUGAGCAUCCUCGAGCGGCUGUCGCAGGCCCGCAGCUGGCCGGCGCCGGAACCUUCGGGAAGCGACGCGGUCACGUGGGGGCCCGAAGGCGCCGUGGCGCGCGCGCCAAGGUGCGCCAAGGGCGGCGGCGACAAGCUACAGCUCGCCGCGCUCGUCGCGCUGCGCUCGCUCGACCUGGACGCCGUCGCCGCGGCCCCGGUAGCACCCGCACCGCCGCCGCCGCCGCGCCCGCAAGAACAGUCGGUACCGCCACCGGCGCCCAGCGCGGCCGGCGGCCGCGUCCUCGACCUCGCGAUCGCGAUCUGCGGCGAUACAAACGCCGGUCGGCGGCGGGACCGAGGCGGCCGCGAGAUGACGCGGGAAGAAGUCGACCAGCUCAAGAAACGCGUCGAGGGCCGGCGGGUGGCAUGGGGUUCUCCGGGCAACACGUCGAGCGGCGUUGUCGAAGAUGUUACUCUCAUCGGCGCGGACUCGCUCAAGUUGUCUGGAUUUUCCGGUCUGGACGUGACGGUGGCGACCUACUACCGCCUCCAGGGCGACGGCGAGAAAUGGGGCGUCCGCGCGGCCGUGAAGCACCUCGGCCACGACGACGACCGCGUCGCCGAGCUCCGGGCGGCCCUCGUCCGGCGGAAGCCGCUGGAGUACCAGUCCUUCCCGUGCCUCGUCGUGCGGCAGUCGCGGAAACAAAAAGUGCCGGACAACGUGCCCGUCGAGCUCGCGUCGCUCGUCGGCGCCUAG